UCUAGAGUGCCUGAUUGGAGGAGCAAAUCUACAGAGGAAAAGCACAUGUCUCAUGUGCGCAUAAACCAGUGAAUAGCCCUGUUCCACACGCCUCCUUGCUUCUCAACUCUUCCUUUCUCUCCAUACAUCACUCAUGAAUCGAGGCCAAGAUUUAAUUUGAGAAGCAAGAGGAAAAAAAAUUGUAAAAGACUCAGAAAAAAAGAUGCAUUCAAAAUUCUCAAUCACCCAUCUAAACCCAUCAAAAACCGGGCUGUUUCCUCUCUUCCCUCAUCGGGAUUUCUGCAAGGUGGGAUUCUCUGCAAGACCCAAGCUCCGGUUCAAGCUCGUUGUCCAGUCUCUGGGUGAUAGGUGGAGAUUAAGCGACAUUGAUACCAAUGCUGUGCAAGAACAAUUGAAUAUGUGGCUAGUGAAGACUCAAAGCUUUUUGAAUGAAGUGACUUCUCCAUUGGUAAGAACUGGUCAUGGUAGAAAGCCUGACCCUGCAAAUGUGUCUGACACUCGAGAUAUGGAUGAUGUAUUCGUGGCAGAACAAACUAUUCAGAGCAGCACACCCAGUGGCGACCUUUCAUUGGCUGCUAUUGUUUCUAUUGAGCAAUUCAGCAGGAUGAACGGAUUGACUGGGAAAAAAAUGCAGAAAAUAUUUAGGGCACUUGUUCCUGAAACUGUCUAUAAUGAUGCCCGUAAUUUGGUGGAAUAUUGCUGCUUUAGGUUCUUGUCAAGAGAUAGUUCUGAUAUUCAUCCUUGCCUCAAGGAACCUGCAUUCCAGAGACUGAUUUUCAUUACAAUGCUCGCGUGGGAGAAUCCUUACCAUGAAGCAAAUGAUUCAAAUGCUAUUGGUUUAGAGAAAGCUUCCUUUCAGAGGAAGCUUGUAGGAGAAGAGGCUUUUGUUCGUAUUGCUCCUGCUGUUUCUGGUGUUGCCGAUCGGCCAACUGCACAUAAUCUAUUCAAGGCUCUUGCUGGUGAUGAACGGGGCAUAUCUUUAAGCUUGUGGUGUACAUAUGUUAAUGAACUUCUCAAAGUGCACGAAGGACGCAAAUCAUAUGAGAUUCAAGAAUCCCCCCAGCUUUCCAGGGAGCGGAUCAUAUGUAUUGGUUCUAGCAGGAAGCGCCCGGUCAUAAAGUGGGAGAACAAUGUUGCAUGGCCAGGAAAACUUAUUUUGACCAAUAAAGCACUCUAUUUUGAGGCUGUUGGAUUAGUAGGGCAGCAAGAUACUAGAAGAUUGGAUCUUACAAGAAAUGGUUUACAAGUGCAGAAAACAAAAGUUGGACCUUUUGGAUCCCUUCUUUUUGACUCUGCCGUUUCUGUUUCCUCUGGUCCUGGGUCCGAAACAUGGGUGCUGGAAUUUGUGGACUUAGGAGGUGAAAUGAGACGAGAUGUCUGGUAUGCAUUUAUUAAUGAAGUUAUUGCUUUAUACAAGUUCAUAAAUGAGUAUGGAGCAGAGGAUGGUGAUCAAUCUGUAUUUCAUGUGUAUGGUGCUCACAAAGGGAAGGAAAGGGCUAUCACCAGUGCAAUGAACAGUAUUGCUAGACUUCAGGCCCUUCAAUUUAUCCGGAAGUUGUUGGAUGAUCCAACUAAACUUGUUCAGUUCUCAUAUUUGCAAAAUGCACCCUAUGGAGACAUUGUUUUGCAAACUCUAGCUGUUAAUUAUUGGGGUGGACAGUUAGUCACAAAAUUUAAGGAGGCAGGCUAUCUACCAGAUCGAGGAUCAAGGUCUUCUGAUGAUGUGUUUGAAAGUAGUAACCAUGUAUUUAACAUAGAUGGAAGUGUCUACUUCAGGAAGUGGAUGAGAUCUGCAUCUUGGGUUUCUAGUUCCUCUAUAGCUUUCUGGAAGAAUGCUUCAAUAAAACAAGGGGUUGUAUUAAGUAAAAAUCUUGUCGUGGCUGAUACUACUCUUGUAGAAAGGGCAGUAACAUGCAAACAUAAAUACCAAGUGGUUGAGAAAACACAAGCCACAAUUGAUGCAGCAAUGCUUAAAGGGAUACCCAGCAACAUUGACCUUUUCAAGGAACUUAUACUUCCUUUGACUGUCACUGCCAAGAAUUUUGAAAAACUUAGGCGCUGGGAGGAGCCGCACUUGACUGUCUCCUUUCUUGCAUUUGCAUAUACACUUAUUGUCAGAAACUUGCUGCCAUAUGUAUUUCCCAUGACAUUGAUGAUCGUGGCAUUUGGCAUGUUGUUACUAAAGGGCCUCAAGGAGCAAGGUCGUCUGGGAAGAUCUUUUGGAAAAGUUACUAUACGUGAUCAGCCACCUUCAAAUACAAUUCAAAAGAUCAUAGCUGUAAAAGAAGCCAUGCGUGAUGUCGAAAACUAUCUACAGAAUCUGAAUGUUACACUUCUAAAAAUACGUACAAUUAUUCUUUCAGGUCAGCCCCAGGUAACAACAGAGGUUGCCUUGGUGCUGUUAGGUUCUGCAACCAUUCUCCUUGUCAUCCCUUUUAACUAUGUUCUUGGUUUUGUUAUCCUUGAUCUUUUCACACGAGAGCUCGAGUUUCGUAGAGAAAUGGCUAUGAGGUUCAUCAGAUUUUUGAAGGAGCGUUGGGAUACUGUGCCUGCAGCGCCGGUUGCUGUAAUACCGUUUGAGAGUGAUGACUCUUGGUCAGUGGAUCAAAGGAAAGAAAUUAAUAACAAAAAAUCAGAAAGAACUCAAAACAAUAUUAAGUCUAGAUAAUUUGUUACAUACUUACAUGUACAUUUUUCAGGGUGGAGUUGUGUAAAAAAGUGGCCAGCACUUCCCAGUUAAAGAAAAAACAAAAUUUAGCCAAAUUUUCCUGCUGAUUAUUUUUUUAAAUGUAUAUAAAUUGACAUUUUCUUUAUUAUUUUCGUAAGCUAAUAAUUAGAAAUUUUUGGUUGAUAAGUUUAUGGUUCUGAAUCUCGUGGUCAUAAAACGCAUUAAGAGCAUGCGUUUUAUGGAGAGGGAGAGCAAACUGGAGAAGUUACAACUUAAUACUGCAGACCUUUAUUAUCGCAAGAUGCUUGAAUCACUCAGGAAUUCAGCUGAGAAAAUGGUGCUGGGGUCUUUUCUGAAAGCAGGACAUUAUGUAAUCACCAAAUCCAGGUGAGAAUACUCGUAGGAUCAUCGAAUGCAUAGCUAUAUGCCACAGGGCAGGCCUGUUUGAAACUCCUGGAAUAGUUUGUAGCUACACAUGAUAUAGGAUUUCCAUACGCACCUCGACAACAGUACUGAUCAGUGUUGAAUGCUUCACAUGCGCUUUUACAAGCUAUGAUCUUCCCAUCUGUUUUAAGGGCUAGCUCGCUUGGGCAUUUUUGCCUCAAGUCUGCAUCACAACCAGCAACGCUGCAGUUUCCGGUACCAUUCGUGGGGGUGAUUGUAAUGGGCAGGUUGAAGCCAUCAACAAGGCUGACAUCGUAGUAGUCAAUAUCACCAAGGUUGAACUCAGCAAUUGAAGCAGGAGGUUUUCCAGGGCUUGUACAGUUGAGGGUAGUGCCACAGGCACCAGUUUGGCAUUUUCCACUGCCAUUCUUGUCAAAGCUGCAACCUGUUCGGCCCCAUAUCCGGCCACCCCACACAUCAGCAGCAGUGAAAAUGGCUGAUUGGCCUGGUUUGAGUGCAAAACCACCACCAUGGAAGUUGAGACCAGGUGUUAUUAUUCCAGGCCAUACUGUCUCAUUGCAGUCAUUCACAAUGGUGAAGGUGGUUGCACUUUCACACAAUUUUCCUCCUA